UCGUGUGAUCUCUCGAAUGUCCAUUCUAUUUUGAAUAUAUUUCUUAUGACUUUGUUAUGUUAUAAUUUUUGUAAAGAUUUCCAGAGUACGAUAUGAUUCCUGCACUUAUUACUAAGCAAACUUUAAAAAACGUAACGAACAGAAUUCCUACAUUUCUGUUUCGUAACAAGAGCAGCCAAGCACAUGUUUUACCUGAAGAACCGACGGAAUCAUUAGAUCCAGAUUUGCCAACUCUUUCUGAAAGUCCGUAUAAGAAGGAAAAAACAUUAUGUAUUUUAUGUAAACAUAACAUAGAACCAGAUUAUAAAAAUGUGCGUUUACUGUCUCAGUUUCAAAGUCGUCAUACAGGUAGGAUUUAUGGGAAACAUAUAACUGGAUUAUGCGAACACAAACAAAAAAGAGUGGAACAAGAAAUGAUAAAAGCACAACAUGCUGGUUUAAUGGGUUAUAUGACAAAGGAUGUUAAAUUUGUAGAUGAUCCAAAAUUAUUUAAUCCAAAUUUCCCAUUCAGAAAACAUAGAUGGUGAAGGUGUGUUUGUAAAAAGCAGUUUUUUCGAUGCAGAAGAUUUUCUAUUAUGGAAGAAAAAUAUCAACAUAAAUUCAGAGAAAUGUAACA